UGAAGCAUGGUUUCUAUAGGGAUUUCCUCCACAUACAUACUCAGGGGUUCAUGUUUUUUUUCUGACGUCGCUUCGGGAGAAGGUUUCCAAGAGGAAAGCGGCACAGAGGUUGCUGGAGUUGAUAGGAGUUGUAGGCUUCCGGGAGAAGGUGCUGGAGGCGGGGUUUGUGAGAGGAGCUUUGGAGAGCAUUGAUGCGCGGUUUGUGCGCAUUGACAUAGCGCUGGGAUUAGCUGAGCUUUCCUCUCUCCCCCAGGGAUCAGAUCAGAUCUGCUCAGAGCCGCUGAGCGUGCCCGCGUUGUUGAACCUUCUGGAGCAUUCUCGGGAGCAUUAGGGGAAGAAUGCAGCUGCACAGGUGAUUUCACGGCUAUAUCCUCGUCUUCAUGUAGAGCGGCGAAAGAUCAUUGCAGAUCGUUGUGACCUCCUCUUCAAUAAAAUUGAUCCCGGAUCGGAGGGUUCCUUGAGGCUCUUGCAGCGAUCGCUGCUGAUGUGAAUGCGAAGCAUACUAUUCACGAGUGUCACGGCAAUGAGUUUCUCAUCAAGGGCUUCUCGGUUUCGCAGUCAACUGAGAUUCAGCCGGGUCUGAUGCUGAAAAUCCUGGCGGACAUGAGCAGUUCGGAUACUGCAACUGUUUCAGAAUCUCUGAUUCUAGGUCUUUCGCCAUAUUCUCACUUGAGCAUUUUAACUUGGACUUGGAUUUUUGGUGUUUACUUAGGUCUUCCUUGAUCUCAUGGAGCUGAAUUGGGGUCUUUGAUUCCAUUUUUAAAUUCAAUAUUUGAAAAAAAGAAAAGAAAAUGAAAAAGAAAAACCUAAGGUGAAAACGAAGGAGAUCCCAAAAAAUUGGACCCGCAAAAGCGAACCUGGAUUGGUUCUAGACUCUAGUGACCCAGGGUGACGGGGCAGCAGCCAGCUUCUCCAGGAAGCUUUGCAGCGGAAUAUUUAAGAACGGCGGCGGUAAUGAAGAUGAUGUUUAGGUAGCGUGCUGUCUUCUUUGCUCCACAUCUUUUCAAUCGCAGAGGACCCUUCCAACGAGCUCACCACUCAGAGUUCAUUGGAAGACCCAUGUAUGGUGAUCCCGUCACAAGGAGUUGUUUCGAUGUAAUUGGCUCUUUUGGAUAGCUUUGGCUCUCGGUCGAAGUUGUGGAUCACUUUGUUAGCGGGUCCAAUUUUGGGUGUCUCAUUCAACAAUCAGGUUCUGUUUUGCGGAAGCCCGGUUUAGGUGGGCGAUUGGACAGUAUUCAGGGCCGGUGUAACGUUGGGUGCCUGCGCUCACGCUUCAAUUGUGAAGUCAUGGGCAGAAAGAAAAUGUGGACCUUGUAGGAGACGAUGGUAGAGGAGAUCUGAAAGAAGACAUUAAGAAGAAGCAUCAAGGCUUCUUCGACAGCAUCCUUGCUGCAACGGGGGCUGUAGGGAGGGAGAGGCUCUUUGAACGUCCGAAUGCAACUUUCGUCAUCUCUGGAACAAUCGAUCACUACCUUCUCGGUUCCUUGGGUGUCGAUGGUGCCGGAGUCUUGGGUCUCCCGCUCUCCGCAGCCGAUGCUGCAAAGCUACGUAUGGUGAGUAAGCAGGCUCCGCACGGGCGAGGCUUGAACACUGUACUUGACACCACUGUUCGGAGCGCUUGGCAGGUGGACGCCUUCAAGGUAACCUUCCCCAAUGAUCCAGAUUUUCUCACCAGGGUCCAAAGGAUUGCUGACAGAGCUGUGAAGGUAUUGGAAGGAAAUAACGAGGUGCAAGUUGAAGCCAACCUCUACAAGCUGCUUUUCUACGAGGCUGGUGGACAUUUCAAGAUGCACAGGGAUACUGAGAAGGAACCUGGUAUGUUUGCGACUCUGAUCGUGCAGUUGCCUACGGAAGGGGGUUACGAAGGUGGUGCGCUAGUCGUCAACCAGGAAACAUGGUCAUGCAAAUAUAAUGCGGGAUCCUCGCAUAUUGGCUGCUUCCAAGAAAAUACCUCCACAGCAUUUCACUACGCCGCCUUCUUUGCGGAUUGUAGGCAUACUCUUAGGCGGAUUACAGCUGGGACUCGGUUGUGCCUGAGCUUCAAUUUGGUUAGAAGAACUAGCAACGGAGGCCCGAAAAUGGAGCAGAUUUUGCACUCCCCUAUGUUUAGGGACGUGGAAGCUGUGUUGCGUCCGUGGUUGGAGGCCAUUGACGAGGACGACGCAGAGAAGAGCAGUCAUGAGAAUUUGAAAUUCUUUCGGAACAAACUGGCGAUCCCUCUACAGCAUAAGUAUACACCAUCAAACCUGAAAUUUUCAAGGUUGAAGGGAGAAGAUGUGACCUUGUUCCAUGUGCUUGCGAAUUGCUUAGAUCGACACCUUGACCUUCAUUUGUGCCUUCUGACCAAGCACCAAGUGGGCCAGCCUGAAGUCGACAAUGGUAUUAUUAUUAGGAUAGUGUGGAACGAGGGCCAUUCAGCAGCUCGAGGAAAACAAGCGGGGGGAUGCAUCACCAUGGAGUCUAUGGAAGCAGAAUGGGUGGAGACGUCCGAUUGGGUUGACGUGGAUGAUCACAGACUCCCGAUAUUUCCUUGGUAUCUUGACACUGAGAAGGAGGUCGUCCUGGGAAAGGACGAAAAUGGGCUUUUUGUCAAUGGAGAGGAUCCCGAUGAACUGCAAUACGAAGGCUACUGGGGAAAUGAAGGCCCUACCUUGGAAUAUUUCUACCACCGAGCAAUGAUGGUUGUUUGGCCAAAAACCAAAACAGUGCCAACUAUCAUUGCAGAACGAAGACCCAAUAACGCCCCCUUUUCAUGGAAGUUUCCAGAAGGUGCAGAGGUUCCGAGUUUGAUUAAUUUUGUGGAGCGUUUGAAGAAAAACAAGGAGCCAUGCGUCCGCUUGGCUGUGAGCCAGUUGUUGGCGCACUGUGAGCGCGCGUAUGAGGCGAUCUGGCGAAAGCGUGACCGAUGUGUGGAAUCCGGUUGCACAGACAUGUCAAAAUGUGUGAGUUCACGCUUAUUGAACAUGUGUGUUGUGGCGGGAGAUUUGGCAGAUACGCUGAGGGUCCUUAAACUCUAUUCUGAGAUCUUCCAAGAGCAGAAAUAUGAUUCCAACGGGCGUCCCUCUCACACAGUUCCGUGGUUCAUUGGACUGCGAAGCAAGUGUGUCGCUAAAUCCAUUGCGGCUGCUGUGCACGCCCAUGGUUGGGCAGCAUGUGGAGAGGCUGUCUUACGCUUGUUGCAGAAGGAUCGUGUUCGUGAAGAGGGCGAAUACUAUGGGCAGCUUGCUCUCGAGCUUGAGCAGUUGGGACGCCACAGUGAAGCUUUUGUUGUAGCUAAUAAGGCACUUAAGUUGGUGACUUCUUCAAUGACACCACUUCAAAGCUCUUCAGAGCUUCUCAAGAUUUUGGUGAAGCUAAUGAUGUCUAUGUCUACGGAGUGCCGCAAGGAACUAGGGUCAAAACUUCUGCAGUGGUUGGGACCAGCUCCAGAAUUCUGUUGGAAUCAGCCCUUUGCACACCUGCCAAGGCAUCCAACUGUUGAAGCGUUCCUCAGGGGAUCUCAUGAAAGUUUCACGUACGAAAACGUGCCAGGCUGCUUACCCGAAGCUAGAAAACUUGCCCAAGUUUUUGAUGGCCGGUACAAAAAUGGGUAUUGUGCUAUUGGAAGAGAAGGUGUUUCGGGUAGUGGAGCAUACUGUGUAAUUAAGAAGUCUCGGGAUGGAUUUCAACAUGUUUUGGAUUAUUGGGAGCGACAGCAAGAGCAGGUGCGUGAGCUGAGGCAUGAAUUUCGGGGAUCAGGACUAGGAGCAAGAGAGGAACGAGAGACAUCAGAUGGCUCUGAAUCUAGUGACACACAAGCGAAAAGAGCUGUACAAAAAACUCCAAAGAUCGUGUAAAUGAGCAGAUUCGUAUCCUGGUUCUCUCGCGGCACAUUGUUCUAGUGCUUGCUGUUAUUGUAGACAGUGCCGACGAUUUCCUUACUUCCGAGAAGAAAGCUAUGAGCUACGUUGGUUAGUUCCCAUGCCCGCCUUAAACAAGCGGUGGUCGUCUGGUGCCCUAACUUAUUUCCACUGCCUAGACCCACAUUCUCACACGCAAAACAACUGACUGGUGAUAGCUUUUCACUGGCGAGCUUGGCUCAUGGUUCAUCUGGAGGUCAUUUCAAUAUCUGAACUUCAUCAUGUGGAGAUAAAUGUAGAACACUGUGGUCACCAGUGGCACCGUCUGUACUAGAAUUAAUACAUCAGCUUGUUGCUGUUACAAAAAAUUCAUGUCCAGGUGUAGAAUUUUAA